AUGAGCUUAAUUGGAUUCGAUUCCGAAGGUGUAGUAGCCAAAAAAAGAAGGGUUACGGUUCUAUUCCCAAAAGACGGGCAAGACAUACCUGAACGGGUAUUGAGAGAGGAUGGUACAUUGAUACUAGAUGGGCACUCAGGAGAGGUGCAAGACCGAGUGACGUUACAAAUAGAACGGUCUAACGGGACUGCAGCGAGUUCGCAGCAUUUUAGGGUCACGUGGAAAAGGAAUGCUGGCGUAGAUGUGACACCAUUGAAAGGGCAAUUAGCGCAAGGUUUUAAUGUAUUCGUGGAAAAGAAGCAGAACAACGAUAAUAUACGGUCUAGGUUCAUUGAUACUCCUUUGGGAAGCUUUUUCCAUAGCGGUAAGUUUGACAAUUCUGUGUUGGACGAAUUUUUGCCUAAAUCAUUUAAUAACUUGUUGUUCAACUACUCUUCAUCGCAUGAUAUUGACUUGUAUGUGAAGGAUAAUACUGUUGAGGUCAAUAUAUAUCAUAAUCUUUCGGAAACUGAACAUUUGAAUGUUGAUGACUCUGAGUCAGGGAUUGUAAAGACGGAAGCUGGCUUCUUCCACGUUGACACACAAGACGAUGUUGAUAUUAGUUUGUCCGGUUUGAGAUGUACCUUUGAAAUGGGUUCAGGUAAAUUGAACAAGUGCCAAAAAACUUUGCUAUUCUACAAACCCAUCCAUUUAGAUAAAUCUUCUAACGUCAAUGUUACUAUAAACGUUUUAGAGCCCAUCAAUUUGCAUCCUGUUAUUCAAAUAGAUUUAUCUUCAUUUCGUCCUAUUCACAACUGUGAAUACUACGCAUAUCUUAACCUACCAAAACAACUCUUUGUCGAUAAAUUCCAAUCUUCUCCUGUUUUUCUGUUUGGGGAACAAGAUUUGGAACUGCCCGAAUACAAAUUAUCUGGCUAUGGCUCUACCAGCCUUUUUACGUUGAAGCCUGGUGAAUUGAAUGAUAUUCCUUUGCAUUCAAGAUAUAUUAAACCUGAAGCUGAUGCUUCUGAGUAUUUUGUUGCUUCAUUUGCACCACAUGUAUUUUAUGCGUGUGACGGAAAUCAAGGCUUAGAAAAGGGAAAUCCAUUUUACCAAAACGAUUUGAGAUAUGAUAGCUUUUUCACGCCAGAUACUAAAUUUUAUCACUUGAAUUCUACAUCUUUAGCAGUAUCGAUACCAAAACUGAAUUCUGACAAUAAUUUAAGUAUACAUAUCAUUACGUUGAGCGUUGUGGUAUUGUCGUUUCUCUAUCUUAUUCGCAGAUUGUUUAAAUAG